UAUUAAAUUUCGCCGGUCCUUUCUCUGUGACCGUCUGACGUGGAAAGAAAGAUGUCGGCUACUGCAUGGAAACGGUCCGACCGAUGAAACACAACGGCUGCGAUUCCUCAGUCCAGCACCUUUCUAUCCCUGCAAUUCCGAUCUUUUCUCGGAUUAUCACGUCUUAUCUUUAAGGAGCUCCUACCUUAAGACACAAGCAUGGCAGCUGCGCCAUUGGGUAGCGCAAGGAUGUUCUUUUCCGUGGACGAAUUUCCGGAACCGGUGCCCACAACAAUCAAAGGGGAGAUCCCGGCCUGGGUAAGCGGCUCCCUGAUGCGUACCGGCCCGGGGAAGUUCGAGGUGGGGAAGGAGGCGUACCGGUACUGGUUCGACGGGCUCGCCAUCGUGCACAAGUUCAACAUCAAGGACGGGAAGGUGACGUACCAGAGCCGUUUCUUGGAGACCGAGGCCUACCGGGAAGCCAUGAAGGCCCAGCGGAUCGUGCUAUCCGAGUACGGCACCAUGGCCUACCCCGAUCCGUGCAAGAACAUCUUCGCGCGCUUCUUCUCCUACUUCUUCCCGCCAGACAUGAGCGACAACGACCUGGUCAACACCUUCCCCAUGUCGGACGAGUUCUACUGUGUGAAUGAGACCUACAGAUGGACCAAACUCGAUCCCAGGACACUUGAUACAUUGGGACAGAUUGACCUGACCAAAUACAUCGCGGUGAACGCGCUGACGGCCCACCCCCACCACGAGUCAGAUGGUACAGUCUACAACAUGGGCUCGUCCUACAGCUACAAGACUGGCUGUCAGUACAACAUCGUCAGGUUCGACCCGCUGGACAGGAAGAAGUGUGGUCCGGAGGCGACAGUGUUGGAGAACGCUUCCAUCGUGUGCAGCAUCCCUGCCAGCUACAGCCUCAGCGCCUCCUACUAUCACAGCUUUGGCAUGACGCCAAACUACUUCGUCUUCAUCGAGCAGCCGCUAUACAUGAACAUCCCCAAGAUCCUAUUGGCCAGAAUCCAGGACGUGGGCGUGACGGAGUGUUUUGAUUGGUACACGGAGAUCCCUUGUCGGUUUGUGGUGGUGCGGCGUAAGGACGGGGAGAUCAUCUCAACAAAAUACACCGCCGACUCGUUCUUCUGCUUCCACCACAUCAACACGUACGAGGAGGCCGGCCAUCUUGUCCUUGACGUGUGCUGUUUUGAGGACGCGCGGAUCGUGAAGCUGCUGUACCUGUCGCACCUGCGCAGACCGGACGACGAGAAGUCCUUCCCGGAGCCGCAGUGCCGCCGCUACUGUCUGCCCAUCGACCUCGGGCAGGACGAAAAGGUAAACAACAACACAGUGAAGCUGACCUACACCACAGCCACGGCGUGUUUACAACAGGACGGGAGUGUCCACUGCCAACCCGAGCACAUGUCUCAUGUGGAAAAAGGGUUUGAAUUCCCGACUAUCAACUACACCAAGUAUAACGGAAAGCCUUACAGGUAUUUCUACGGGACAGGCCUGGCCGGGGCCUUUACAGAUGCCUUGUUUAAGAUGGACGUUAAGACGAAGAAGUUGUGGACGUGGCGAGAGAAGCACUGUUACGGGUCGGAGCUCAUCUUCGUACCGUCUCCUGACGGGGUGGAGGAGGAUGACGGUGUGCUUUUGGCCACCGUGGUGGACGUGAAGGACGAGAAAGGCGCGUUCCUGUUGGUUCUGGACGGGAAAACGUUCACGGAGCUGGGCCGGGCCGUGAUCCCGGCGCACGUGGGGGUGGGGUACGGACUGCACGGCUGCUACGUCCCGGAGGCGCCGCCCGGGGAGAUCUUCCAGAAACUGUGACGUGGCAGGAAACGUUUUUAGGCGUGUAAUCUCCAAGCAGAUCUUGCGGUGGCAUCAGAUAGUAUCAUAAGCUGGGGAAGGAAUUUAGCCAGUAGAGGAGUUUCAUUGGCUUCGCGGUGGCUAAUGAACUCCUUUGCCGGCUAAACGGCUCAGGUCAAAGGUGCUUAGAUUAGAUGCCGAAGUCGGCACAAUAGGUACUGAUCCUGUAGAGAUGUUAAGGUGGCGUUUUUGAGGUGAAAAUGUCUUCUCAUCAGCACCAAAAGAAUACAGUGAAGAAGCCACCGUCUUCCAGAUGUCUAGAGGUGGAACAUUUAAUAUAUCAGAAGGUGCUUGCAGCAAAUGCCUUCUCAUCACCAAAAGAGUAGAUUAAAGGAGUCAUAACUGUUCAGGAGAUUUGAGAUAGCCCAUUCUGUGACUCGAUUUUAAGAUUCUUUUGCUGCAAGCUCUUCAUGUAUAUCUCGUGCCUUACUUUGCGAGAAAAAUAUCAGACAGUGUUAUCAGCUUAAUUUGCUUGAAAAUGCCCCAAACUAAGUAAAAUGAAGGCUGCUUCAUCAUAGAACUAACAUUAUAUGAUAUGAAACAUAUCUCUCACUACGUGAUGCAUAAGGUGCUAGUAAAAUACAAGCACCUUAUAUAGACCUUAACACAGGAGGGUGUUCGACGUAAAAAAAGAAACAACCAGAAACGUGGAGAGUAAUAUGAGAUAACGUUGGUAUCUUCCUCACAGUGAUUCCGAGUUGGCAGGACAAUAGUAUGAUAUUGUUGUUUACUUGUAAAACUAGAACGUGUUUAUAAACUGAAAAGAGAUCCAAAUGUUAACUAAAGAUAGUUUUGUUGAAAGGUUAGGUAGUCUAAAAGGCUAGAGGUCAGGCUAGAAGUUGUAUAAUUGUGUUCAAACGUGAAAGUUCCAUGUGCUUCUUACGUCCUUAAGUGGGUAUCUCACUAUAACUGCUCACGUUUCUAAUUAGCGACAGAGCGCUCAAUGAAUUUUUAUUGAUAAAAUGUCAUCUUUUUACGCAUUUUGCGUUUUGUUGUUAUACUUGUAGGCUUUGCAUGGCAUUCCCAUUCCCAAGUCAAGGGUAAUACAAAUUUGCAAUCAGACGAUACAGCGACGUCGCUAACGUGCCGCAGUCCAUUUAGAUACCUGCUUAUUAGUUUUUGAUUGGCCCUGUUAAUGGUAAUGUGGAAUUUCAUUGAGAUUCUUAAGGUUUUCCUGUUGUGGAAAACCAGCUUUUUGCAGUUGCAACUACAAUGCAUAUAUGGUUGAUUUUGUUUUAAGUAAGAGAUGAAGUUGAUGUGAUAUAUGUUAUCUUAACCGUUAAUCAAAACACAAGUUAAGUUAUUUCAUAAAGCGCUAAGGCUGAAUUGAAUAUUUUGCAACAUUGCUGCUUUUGCUUGCUGUGACCACCUUUAUUCUAACGAUGUUUAACAUUGCAGUAGAACCUUAAGCUUGUAUUUCUUGUUUGAUGCUAGAUCAGUCAUCGGUUCAAAAAGAUUCGAAAAGUUUUCAACAUCCAAGCCAUGUUAAAAUGUGUUGAACAGUUUUAGGCAAUAAAUGAUUGAAAGAGAUAAAAGAAAGUCAUGUUGAUAUUAUGACGAUUGAAAGAAGUUGUUAUGGAAUGCCUUAGACAGUUGGUGUCAUUACAAUUGGACACUUGUGUAAAGUUUGGUUAUCAUGCCAGGCCCUGUGAUUUUUUGAGAAUCAUAUAUUGAUUGUAGCAACGAACAGUAUUUGAAUUGUGUACUAAAUAUUUCUGCGAGAAAUCUUCUA